UGAUCCCAUUGGCCGGUACGUUUUGAGGUUACGCUCUUCCUUGUCUAUUUCACGGCAUCGGAAAAGGACAGAUCGAUUUAUUUGAUGGUAAAUUAAUUUCGGAAUACAGUGGAAUACGGUUGGGUGCACAUCUCCUCUGCGGUUCUCAUUCUGUAGUGCUCGAUUUGCCCGGCGCGUGGUGUAGUGUGUCGGUGAUAAACACGAAUGAUAACAGUACCUGCGCUUGUGACGAUUACGACCAACUACGACGACUCGUUCAGACUCGCUCUAGCUUGCUGCAGAGAGGUGCGACAUACCUUUGUUCGUGCGAUCACCUGUAAAUUUGAAGUGCAUUGCGGUCUCCGAGGAGCGCAAACCAACCUCAAACAUUCCCGUCGACUUCUGAACAAGAUAUGGAUAAUGAAGAUGAACAGAAUUCAACAGCCAACAAAGCUAGUCCUUCGGUAAACAGGGAAAAUCACUCGGAUAAUGAACACAACGAUGAGAACAUAAAGAGGCAGCGAACGGAAAGUGCAAGUUUUGAAGGAAUACCGUCAACUCCCCCAAAAUUCCUAUCUCUCGAGGAGAUAACCAGAGCUGCAAGAGGGAUGACGAACAUGGCCCUAGCCCACGAAAUAGUUCUGGAUAAGAACUUCAAGCUGCAACAAUUGGACACCAGGACCUCGGUUCUUCAGAAACAAGUGAAGGAAAUAAUGCACCAAGCCUUUUGGGAUAUUCUGGCGGAACAAUUAGCAGAAACUCCUCCUAAUUACAGCCAAGCGUUAAUCCUGCUGAAGGAUAUUAUCGAUUCUUUGGACGAAUUGGUGCUGCCACAUCACAAGAAAAUUCGUCAGAAUAUGAAGGAAGUCCUGGACGUAAAAUUGAUUAAGCAGCAAGCAGAGCAGGGCACUCUGGAUUUCCACAGUUACGCAAACUUUGUGAUCUCGAUUAUGAGCAAAGUGUGUGCUCCGGUGAGGGACGAGAAAUUGUUGGAACUGAAACGAAAGACCAAUGUAAUCGACACGUUUAAAGGCAUCAUGGAGGCUCUACAACUUAUGCGAAUGGACCUGGCGAAUUUCACUAUAACCCUGAUGAGGCCUAGCAUAGUAGCGUCCAGUAUCGAAUACGAGAGAGACAAAUUCAAGGAGUUUCUGGCUCUGCAGACCGAUGGACUACAUCUUACUCGGAAGUGGUUGCUGAAGCAUCUGGACCCUGAGAAAAUAGCUUCGGUCUCUGCCUCGGAUGUCAAUGCCAUCAAGCAGAUCACUCAUUGCCUUUUAGCGGAGGCUUACUUGGAUCUGCUCGAGUGGGACUUCACUCCUGAUGCAGAGACUCUCAUGUUGGAUCAAGGUAGACUCAUGGAACUACGAGACAAAACCUGCAGGGCAUGCAUCAUUGGCUCGAUCCUCCUAUUGUGUGCUCCUGUGCUCAGCGUGACAAGCUUCAAAAAAUCGUUGAAGGAGCAUGUGGCUAUCUUGUUGGAGCCGGUGCAUUCUAAUAGAGAUCUAGAAACGGUUAUGCAGAACGUCGUAUUACAGGUAAAGUCUGACAUCAAGACGAUGGUGCCUGCCGAAUACAAGACUCCCGAACUGUUGGAAAAUUUGGAAACUCUGAUCGAGGGCCAGAUGUUGGAUCUGAAAGACCCAAAUCACAAGCUGCGCCGUAUACUCAGCUCCAGGAUCAGACAGUUCUUGCAGAAAAUCAUUCUCUCUCAGUCGGCAGCUCCACAAGAGAUACCUACAGGGCUAUCGGCAAUGCAGGAGGAACUUGCUGCAAUUGCUGCGCAAUUUCUCAUACUGGUGUCGCACAAUCGCAGUGUGUUCGAUGAGUACUAUCAAGAGAUUGUAGCCAACGCUAUUGCCAAUGGAGAUACCGGUCCAUCCAAUGCAGACGUUGCCUAAAAUAAGAAAGUUUAAAACUUUCGAGAUUUUGUAAGAAUGCUAUUAUUCACAAACUAGGAUUUGUCGCGAGUGACGGCGCAAACAAUAAUGUGCAUAAUAAUUUGACAGUACUCGGUGCUGCCAUGAAAUCAGUACUACGCACACUGACCAACUCUCGAGCUAGUACAAAAGACCGUACCGAAACUCUUGGUAUCCUUCAAAGACAAUAGUUUGACGCUAUGAAUUUCCACAGCAGUGUAAAAAAAAAAAGGAGCCUCAAAGAGUGAAUAUACAUGGUGACUGCGAUGUUCUCAAUUAAUAAGGAAGCAAGAAAUAAUAUUUUCCCUGCUCGAUGUGCAACCUUCCUGUGAAGUUGAACACUGCGGAAAGUAACUACGGGACCCUACCAUGAAAACAGAACAGUACAGCUGAUCGACACAAGUUACACAAAAUGAUCUCUUCGUAAACUACAUGAAGCUUCAUCGAUUCCCCUCGUGAGACUUCCGGAACGUUUCAAUCAUGGGGUUCAGAAAUACGUGCGACUAGUGUUCCGGACCUUCAUUUUUACAUUUUAUGUAUUUUCUUUUUUAUAGACUUGGUUUUUUUCUAGAGUAGCUGAGUAUUGUACGAGCUUAGUUACAAUAAUGAGAGAGUAAAAGCAGAUGAAUGGCGUACACGUGAGGAUAAAAAGAAGGAAUCGGUAAAAGGGCACUUGCUAUUACUUAAAGAGAAGUGCCAUUUUUUUAAAUCAAUGCUGUAGCGAUGUGUGCAGGAUCAUUGAUUAAAAUAACAGCAGUAAGUGAUUGUGAAAGUUUUAAUUUUGCUGUGAAUUGCAGCUUGUAUACUAUUGCAGGAAAAACUGUCAAUUCAAUGAGGUAUUGGUGAGAUAAACAUAUUUAUGGUGCAUCACAUCGAUUGAAAAAUAAUAUCGAGUGGAUGAGAUCAAGUAACGUUUGAGACCAAUAGAAUGUUGCAUUGUCAAGAAUAAUUGGCGAUUGGUAACUGAAUAACUGUUUGUAAGAUAAAUUAAGUAGAAAGUGCAAGAAGCGUAAGCAGGAAUUAAUUCUAGAUCGGCCUGUCCUCAUUGGCCCAUGAAAUGAAAUGAAAUGAAAUGAAAUCGAUUCGAAGAGUAUACCGCUUUCUAACAAGGAAUUCUCUUAACGUGUAAAUGCAAAUAACCAGAAUGAUGUAUUGCGAUGUUUGUACCUCCUAGGAACGGAUACAAUAAAUAAUAAACAACA